AUGUACCGUAUUGGGGAUCAGAUGAGCAAAACUAGUUAAAGUCAAAGUAGAGAGAAUAGUAAUUCUAAUUUGGAAGAGUGCAUGCAUAACAUUUAAAGCAACUUAAAAAUGAUAUAUGGAAAGGAUGAAGAAGAAGUACAUCUUGGAUCUUAUAAUGUUAAUGCAGUUUCAGGAUUCCAUAGUCAAUUUCUUAGUAAUAAGGAUGAUUAAUAUGAUUCAUAAAGAAUGCAUUACACUUCUUAGCAAUCUAACGAUUUCAUGAUUGAAGAUAAAAACAAAUAAAUUCGUUAACUCAAUAAAGAAUUAGCUGAUUUAAGAAAAGGAUAAUAAAUGACUUAAUUUGAAUAAUAUGAACACUAUUAAAAAAUUAUUGACAGCUUAAAAAAAGAAAAUGUUCAAUUAUAAUAAAGAGUACUUAAUAAUGAAGCUAUUUAAUAACUUAAUAGUGAGAGAGUUAUUGAAUAACAAGAAUAAAUAAAAGAAUAUGAAAUGAAAUUAGAUUAACAAAAUUAACUUAUUUCUAGUUUGAAUUUAUAAUUAAAAGAUGCUAAAGAUUAGAUGAAAUUAUAAGCAACUAAGUCUCAAAUAUCUAAAUAAGAAUAAUAAUCUUAAUCAAAAUAUUACAUUUAAUUAUAAUAAGAAUAUGAUGAACUUCAAAGAAGAUAUAUCAAAUCAUAAUAAGAAAAUGAAAAUAUGAAGGUUCUAAUUGAGCAAUUAUAAAAUGAUUUAGACAAAAGAUUAGAAACUCAAAAUGAUACAUAAAUAGUAGAAAUUUUAGAAUAAGUUCUUCAAACAAUUUCUUAAUUUGUCAGAGAAUACGAUUAUGAAUUAUAAAAAUCAGAAUACUAAUUUAAAUUUUCAAAUGAAUUAAAAGAAAUUAUAAAAGGAUUUAUUACGUAAAGAGAGUAAUUAUAUAAAUUAUUUAUUUAGCUUAUCAAUUUGGUAGAAUAUCGAUAGAUUAAGUAGUUUAAUAAUAUCAUUAUUUGAAUAAUUGACAUUCGAUGUUAAAUAGAUUCAUUCUGAUAAUAUUAAGAUUAAGAAUAUGACAUAAUAAAUAGAAUCUUUAGAAUAAAUGACUGUUUAACUAGAAUAAACCAUUAGUUAAUAUGAAAUCAUUAGUAACUAAUAAUAAAACUAUUUAAGAUUGUAAAUAUUUAAUGAAAAUAUUUCCUUAGGAAUGAUGAUCAAAAUAAACAAGAAAAAGAAGAAUUAGUUAAUGUUCUUAUUAAUAGAACAUUAAAUGAUUAGCAAAUGAAUUGCUAUGAAAAAAUGAUAAAAAAUUUGGAAGAAGUAAAUCAAGCUCAAUAAAAUGAAAUUAAAGAAUUAAAAGACAAAUUAAAUUUUUAAAUUGAAUAAAAUUAGUUAUAUUAAAAAUCCUAUUAAGAAGAAUAGCAUUAAUAGAAAAUUUAUGAAAGCAAAUUUAAAAAGCAACAUUAUGAUAGUUUAUUUUUGAAAGAAAUUAUGAAUAAGUAUAAUUUUAAUAAUAGUUUUAGAUUAGUUAUUUUAAUUGGUAAUGAAAUAACUACAAAAAAUAUUGAAUAAAUUCAAGAACUCUAAUAGAAAAUAAAUGAUCAAUAUUGUGAUGAAAUAGAUAUAAAAAGUAAGUUAGAAAUAAAGGAAUAAGAUCUUAAACUUUAAAUUAAUGAGAAUAAAUUAAAUAUGAAUGAAAUGAUAGAAAAAAGAAGAGAAAUUGAAGUUUUAAGAAACACAUUGAGAAAUUGUUAAAAAUAAAUAGAAAUAAAUAAAGAAAAAAUUGAUUUGUUAGUAAGAGAUCUAGAUCAUAAUGUAAUGUAAGAGAAAAGUUAAUAGUUUGCAAUAUCCUAUUUACCAAAAACCUUUAAAAAAGAAAAUGAAAAUUUGGCAUAAAAAUUACAAAAAACUAUUAGAAUGUGA